CCUGCACUCGGAUUAAAGAUGGCGCCCUCUCUCGCGUUGAGGUGCUGCAGACGUGCUCUGAACUGGAUCCCGGUGCUGUUCGUGAACCUGGUCGUCGCCUGGUCCUACUACGCCUACGUGGUGGAGCUGUGUGUGUAUACAAUCCAAAACAAUGCAGAACGAAUCAGCUAUUUGGUCUUCUUUCACAUUUCCCUCACCAUGCUCAUGUGGGCCUACUGGAAAACGAUCUGGUCCCCACCAGCCAGCCCCUCAAAAGCAUUCUGUCUCCCCAGAGCAGAGAAGGAAAUGUACGAGAGGGAGGAGCAAGCCGAGAGGCAGCAAGAGGUCCUGAAGAAAGUGGCGAGGAGUUUACCUGUGUACACGCGCACGGCGGGGGGAGCCGUCCGAUACUGCGACAUCUGCCAGCUAAUCAAACCUGACCGCUGCCAUCACUGCUCCACCUGUGAAAUGUGUGUGUUGAAAAUGGACCAUCACUGCCCCUGGGUGAAUAACUGUGUUGGAUUCUCAAAUUACAAGUUCUUUGUCUUGUUCUUGGCCUUCGCCUCGCUCUACUGUGUCGUGAUAGGUGCGACAGUCUCCAAGUAUUUCAUCAAAUUCUGGAGUAAUAAGCUACCUGACACGGGCGCCAAAUUCCAUAUCUUGUUUCUGUUCUUCGUGGCGGCCGUGUUCUUUGUCAGCAUCUCGUCACUUCUCAGCUACCAUCUGUGGCUCGUGGGAAAGAACCGGACCACUAUAGAGGCUUUCAGGGCUCCUUUCUUCGCAAAUGGUCCGGAUAAAAAUGGGUUUUCACUCGGGCAUAGCAGAAAUGUAGCUGAGGUGUUUGGAGACCAAGCAAAGUACUGGAUUUGUCCCAUUUUCUCAAGUCUGGGAGAUGGACAAUCCUUUGUUACCAGGUUGGUUCAGAUAGAUCCUGAACAAGCGAAAGGUGUCCUCCAGCAAAAUGGAAAAAGCCCUGCUGAUAGGAUGGAGACCGGCGCUUGUGUGCAUAGUAACAAUAAACAACACACGGUGGACAACGGCAAAGAGACAGUUGACGGAGCCCUCAAAGACUCAGUGACAGUGGCGAUUGAGCCAUAGCAGGUCACACCUCUUCAGAGCGCUCAUCAACUGCGAUGCCUUAAAUCGGGCGCAUCAGCACCUCAGCAGGAGCCGUCCUCCUCCCUCAUUUGGAGUCCGUGCAGCCUCAAGCCGCAUGUUCUCAUGGAUCAUCACACAGCCACUGUGCUUCAAACAAUUCUGUCUUCAUGUCAGCUGAGACAAUUCAGGGACAACAUGGACGCCACCAUGAGGUGAUACCGAGGUUAGGUCUUUGUUUUGAGCCAAAGAUAAACUUUUUUAUUAUUGCAUCUGAGAAACUCUGGGACUUGACCACUGCUUUUUCCCCUGAGCCACUGUACAGAAUGUUGGCAUUUAUCUCCAUGGAUUACUCACAUGAAAUAUUUCAACAUGACUUAUCCUUUUGUCAGUAUUAAUCACGACUAAGCCUUGAAUCUGGUGAUGUUGGAUGGGGAGUAGUGGCACCAGCUAAAGCGAGAUUUGUAUAACUCACUCAGAAUGGUGAGACAUUUAAAUACCGUUGAUAAAGUGUGUGAUAUAAUAUUUUUAACUCCAAGCACAGUGCAAUUAAGACCAGUCGUCAAUUAUCAGAGGGUUUAAUUUAGUUUACAAUUUUAAUGUUCAAAACAUUUUAAAUGUCUUUCUGUUUACACUUUUGUAUUAUUUUUGCAUUUCAAAUUUUAUAUGAUAAAUGUGCAGGUCUAUAAACUUGAAGUACGAGGACCAAAAAUCCAGUUUAGCUGAAGUUUAAACUGUUUCUCAUUCCUAAUAAUUUGCACAACCAAUAGAUAAACUACUCUUUAAUGUUGCCCUAUAAUAAUUAUCCUAUAAUUAUCAAUUGUAUUGCCAUUUUUCAUUGUACCAUAAAUACUUGUUAUUUAUUUGUUAUCAAGCUUUUAUAAAUUAUUGUCUUAUCAUGUGUAUUGAUUUUAUUUAUAUGUAUUUAUUUCCUUAAAAAAACUCAUGAUCGAUCCUUUGUUUUGUGUUUGUGUAAAAUGAAUCAUUCUUGCGUGUCAAUGCCAAGGAUAAUGAGUUGAGUCUACUGUUCCUGUUUGAGAAUGAGAUUUAUUUGAAAGCAAAGAGCACAAAAUGACCCCAUGUUUAAAGGUAAUGUCAGAAUGGUCAGAGGAGUUCGCUCCCCUGCGUCCAUGAACACAAACUAGGAUAGAAGCAUGGACUUAAUUUACGAAUGUGGACGUAAAAGCUCCUCUCUGUCCUCUCCUGGCAGCUCCGUCAUGACAUGUUGCUCUUAGUAGAAAUGAUGAUCAGCACAGAGUGGGAUUAAGAGUUUCAGUAGAUAGUAACAGAUGUGUUGUGAUAUUCCAGAGUGAGUGAUCGCCCAUGUUAAUGACUAAUUUCACUGAUCAAACUAGGAUAAACACACCCGGAGGCAUCUAUACUGAGAACAUUAUUCAUGCAGGGUUAUUUCAAUUCUUCUGUAUUAAUAAAU